UUAGUUAAUUUGGAGUUCCUUCGUAGAUUUUUUACAUUUUUUUUAAAUGCUGUUCUUUGGAAGUGAGUGCUUCCCUGACCCCAAACAAGCACUAAGACCUUCUUUCUAGACAAGUGGUGCUUUCUACUCUUUCCUUCUCCAUACCUUUACACAUGUUCUUCAUAUCUUCCCCAUGCCACCACUUAAUCUACUGUUCAGCAGACCUGGCAGUACAGCUAGUGUCAUUGGUUUCGAAGGGUAACAAUGCUCUCGAUGCACCUUCCAGUACCGUACUAUCAGGCUGCUCUUAUGUAAGACCUGAAAGACCAGCCACUAUAGCUACUGUUAGAGGGAACUCUUUAUAGUACAUUUUUUAUUUAUUUUUUAAAUUUUUGUUUAACAAGCCCCCUCCCCCAAACACACACAAUACCCACAUUUUCUCCAUUGCUGUCCUGUUGCCCUCUCUCACUCUUUCUGCUUUGCUGUCUUUAAACUCUGUGCUGCCUUCUUAUCUACUUUCUCAGUCAGUACCCCUUCAAACAGGAAGAAAGGCUGGGUCCUUUUGUCUCUUACCAAAGGGGAAUUUUUAAACAGACAUUGUUAUGCUAUGCUUUUUUCAUUAGAGUUAUGGAGGGAUUAUGCUGGCUCGGUCUUGAACAAAACACAAUGGAUUUGAUAUGAAGUUAGUGAUAUUUGCUAUGCUGAAAAUAAGAUGGCUUCCAAACCCAUUGAUAUUUUUCAUUAAUUUUUGUCAAAUGUGAAUCAGCUUUUUUUCACACCUCAUUUUGGAUGGCAUUGCCGGUAUUCCACCAACGAAGAAAAAGGCCUUACCUGCCCUUAACUAGACCACUGUGUAUUGGAUUAAUUGUGGAUUUGAGCCAGUGUCAACAGAGAAAUUUCUCUGCGUGUCCGUUAGAAGCCCUCUUAUUUGUUGCCUCAGGGGGGAGGAGUGGGGAGGAGCACCAGGGUUUCAGCACCCCUCCAUGUCAGCUCUGUCGCUCCGACCCCCCGCGCGCUAGCCCAGGGCCCGUGGUGUGUGCGCGCACAGAGCUGCUUGCCUGACCUUCCAGCCAAGCUUACUGAUGCCCUUUAUGGGCUCCACAGUGUUUGUCAAUAACCAGGCUCCAUAUUUAAAUCUGAAUAUUCCUUUUAUUUCUCCUUUUUUUAAACCUAGAUUGGCUCAGUAGAAUCUGGGAGGUUUAGAUGUUAUGCAGUGAUUAUACACUGUGAUGGUAGCCCUGGCCUGAGCCAGGCAGGCAGCUCCCUAUCUGCACUCCACUGCAAGCAUCAGAUGCGUUGAUAGAGAGAAAGAAUUACACGCGCAGCACAAGCAUUGACCUCUUUUAUUUCAGAGCUGAGGAUUCAUCUAGAUACAAAUCAUUAAACCACAGACUUUUUUCUUUACCUAUUGGGCAGGAUUCAAGAAGGCAGGACAGGAUAAAGCAAGCAAUGUAUUAAACCAUGUAAGAGUAAAAAAAGUAAAGAAAAUGAUGUCAGGAAUGAUUUUUUACUUUUGUGUUGCCAUUAAUGCUAUGAUUAAUAUUAUUACUAAGGACAUGUUUUCAGUUCAUUUGGGGAAGAUCAAGCCAGUUAGCCCUCCCUCCUUUUACUUCCUUUAAACAGUAUGAAUAAACAUUUUGAAUGUAACACAAAGCCUUUCUUCUCUCCCAUCCUGUCAUAUUCUUAUCACUUUAAAAUUGAAAUUGCUUUAAAUGGCAUGAUUGAAAAUUGCGUAGAAUAUCUUAUUUUUUUUUAUCCUUUUGUUUCUGGAUUUUUUAUUUUUUUACUUUUUUUUAUAUCCAGAUAAAAGUAUGUAUUGAUUGUCAACUUUUACUAACGCUCUUGUUUUCUUAUUUUGUCUCUUUUGGUUUCUUCCACCACUGAUAUUGUUAUUUAGAAGGUUUCAGGUGGGUGACACUUUUCCUGCGUAGGUGCGGUCCGACGGAAAGGAACACUAGGGCAGCAUCAGUCCUCUCCUCUUCUUCCAGCUGCGGCCGCUACCCCCAGACAAAGUCCCAAAAUAUGGCCUGCUACCUGAAGGCAAUUGAGACUCAGCCAAACUUUGCCGUGGCAUGGAGCAACCUGGGCUGCGUGUUCAAUGCUCAGGGAGAGAUCUGGCUAGCCAUUCAUCAUUUUGAGAAGGCAGUAACCUUGGAUCCAAAUUUUUUGGAUGCCUACAUAAACUUAGGCAACGUGCUUAAAGAAGCCCGCAUCUUUGACAGAGCUGUUGCUGGUUAUCUGCGAGCCCUCAGUCUGAGCCCCAACCAUGCUGUAGUCCAUGGGAACUUGGCCUGCGUGUACUACGAGCAGGGUCUGAUAGACUUGGCCAUUGACACCUAUAGACGUGCUAUUGAGCUCCAGCCUCACUUCCCUGAUGCUUAUUGCAAUCUUGCCAAUGCUCUUAAGGAAAAGGGCAAUGUGUCAGAGGCUGAGGAAUGUUACAACACAGCACUGCGUCUUUGCCCCACACAUGCUGACUCGCUCAAUAACCUGGCCAACAUCAAACGGGAGCAAGGCAACAUUGAAGAGGCUGUCCAGCUGUACAGGAAAGCUCUUGAGGUGUUCCCCGAGUUUGCUGCAGCCCACUCCAACCUUGCCAGUGUCCUUCAACAACAGGGCAAGCUGCAAGAAGCCCUCAUGCAUUACAAAGAAGCCAUCAGGAUCAGCCCCACCUUUGCUGAUGCUUACUCCAACAUGGGGAACACACUAAAGGAGAUGCAGGAUGUGCAGGGGGCGCUGCAAUGUUAUACACGUGCUAUUCAGAUCAACCCUGCAUUUGCAGAUGCUCAUAGUAACUUGGCCUCAAUACACAAGGACUCUGGGAAUAUUCCGGAAGCAAUUGCAUCUUACCGCACAGCAUUGAAACUCAAACCUGACUUCCCAGAUGCUUACUGCAAUCUUGCUCACUGCCUGCAGAUUGUGUGUGACUGGACCGAUUACGAUGAGCGCAUGAAGAAGUUGGUUAGCAUAGUGGCUGACCAGUUGGAAAAGAACCGUCUGCCUUCAGUUCAUCCUCAUCACAGCAUGUUGUAUCCUCUUUCCCAUGGCUUCCGCAAAGCCAUUGCUGAGAGGCAUGGCAACCUCUGCCUGGAUAAGAUCAACGCUCUUCAUAAACCUGCCUAUGAGCAUCCUAAGGACCUGAAAGCAAGUGGAGGGCGUUUGCGUGUUGGCUACGUCAGCUCGGACUUUGGCAACCACCCCACCUCCCAUCUCAUGCAGUCCAUUCCUGGCAUGCAUAACUCAGAGAAGUUUGAGGUGUUCUGCUAUGCCCUCAGUCCUGAUGAUGGCACUAACUUCCGAGUGAAAGUGAUGGCUGAGGCUCAUCACUUCACUGAUCUCUUCCAGAUUCCCUGCAAUGGCAAGGCUGCAGACAGGAUUCACCAAGAUGGAAUUCACAUCCUAGUCAACAUGAAUGGCUAUACCAAGGGUGCCCGCAAUGAGUUGUUUGCCUUGCGUCCGGCUCCCAUUCAGGUGAUGUGGCUUGGCUACCCGGGCACCAGUGGAGCUCCCUUCAUGGACUACAUUGUUACCGAUAAGGAGACAUCUACAGCUGAGCUGGCUGAGCAGUAUUCUGAGAAGAUGGCCUACAUGCCUAAUACUUUCUUUAUUGGGGAUCAUGCUAACAUGUUCCCACACCUUAAGAAAAAGGCUGUGAUUGACUUCAAGUCCAAUGGACACAUUUUUGACAAUCGCAUCAUACUGAAUGGAAUUGAUCUCAAAGCCUUUUUAGACAGCCUACCUGAUGUAAAGGCCAUCAAAAUGGAGUGUGAUAGCCAGGAGUCCACAGAUAAUAACGGAACCCUCUCCAUGCCAGUCAUCCCAAUGAACACGGCUGCUGAGGCCAUUAUAAACAUGAUCAACCAAGGCCAGAUCCAAGUCACCAUCAAUAGUUUCACAGUCAGCAAUGGCUUAGCAACCACUCAGAUCAAUAACAAGGCUGCCACAGGAGAAGAGGUCCCUAGAACAAUUGUGGUGACCACACGCUCUCAGUAUGGUUUGCCUGAGGACUCGAUUGUCUACUGUAACUUCAAUCAACUAUACAAGAUUGACCCUCCGACUCUGCAGAUGUGGGCUAAUAUUCUGAAACGUGUGCCAAACAGCGUUCUCUGGUUGUUGCGCUUCCCAGCUGUGGGUGAGCCCAACAUCCAGCAGUAUGCCCAGAACAUGGGUCUGCCUGCCAGCCGUAUCAUCUUCUCCCCUGUUGCCCCUAAAGAGGAGCAUGUGAGACGUGGGCAGCUGGCUGAUGUCUGCCUUGACACUCCUCUCUGCAAUGGCCACACUACUGGCAUGGAUGUGCUCUGGGCUGGCACCCCAAUGGUCACAAUGCCAGGUGAGACACUUGCCUCCCGUGUGGCUGCCUCUCAGCUGACUUGUCUUGGCUGUCCUGAGCUCAUUGCACAGAGUCGCCAGGAAUACGAAGAUGUGGCUGUGAAGCUUGGCACAGACAUGGAAUUCUUGAAGAAGGUACGAUCCCGUGUAUGGAAGCAGCGUAUCUGCAGCCCACUUUUCAACACCAAGCAGUACACGAUAGACUUGGAGCGUCUCUACCUGCAGAUGUGGGAGCACCAUGCAGGAGGUGCCAAACCUGAACAUCUGGUGAAGAUGCAACUGCUUGACAGUGAAAGUGCCUGAGCUGCCCCCUGUCCCCUCCACAAGUUACCAAACAAUCACUCUUCUUAAUUUUUCUCAGUGACAGAGACUCCAUAGAGCCUGCUGUUGAGCACCAUCACCAUGAUCUGACUCUUCAGCCACAGAUUUAAUUUCUUGGAGCCAGUGAGGACUGUGUGAUGAUUGAUCCUCCUUCACUGAGACUCCUUUCUCCCAGAAAUCCUAUUGGCAUUUGCUUCACUUCUGCUGCUUCUCUGUUCUGCUUGGGUGUAGACUUUUGAAGACAAAGCAAUCAUAUUUCAAAUUGUGACAUUCAUGUCUUUAGAUGGUGUUUACUUUUAUUUUUUUUCCUUAAGCAUCAGAGGAACACUUUAGUAUGGUAAUUACUGGUAUGUUAAAAUUACUGAUGGCUUUAACAUGCUAAUGUAAAUGUUUGCCUUUUUAGUUAGCAGAAAUGUUUCUUUAUUUUAGUCUGUUCAUCAUGACCUGGAAUAGAUAAGUGAAUUGAAAUGAUUCUCCAAUGCUUUUUCUUCGUUAGUAAUAAUUUCAGUUGUAUCUUUUCAUGAAAAAUGCCCAGAAUGUCUAUGGAGAACUAGAAUGAAGACCACCUCACUGCAGAUCUGAUAAAAGCCUGCAUACUACCCCUAAAAUUCAUCGUAAAUGCCAAUUUGUUUUAUUUUUACCAGGGUUCGAGGUAAGUAUUUAAGUUCGUGAUUUUGUCUUCCUAUGAAUCAUUUUAUUUAUGCUUUGUCAAUGAUAUUUCAAGCCUCUUACAAAAGCUGAAAUAAUAAAGAAAUGUGGAAAACUUUCAAAAACUG